UUCUCUGCAAAGAUUGAAAAUGAAGACUUCUACACACAAGCUUAACAGCAUAAUGCUGCUCAAGAAAGGAAAGUAAUACCUGUUGUCUCCAUGGCUUGUUUCACUGCAUAUUUAAAACUACACUAAAGAUCCUCUGGUCCUCCCCCACCCCCAGAACAUCCCUGUGUAACUGAUGAUGAGCCAGAGAAUGCCCUGAAGCAGGGGUAGCAGUAGGGUAUCUCUUGGCUGGCUCAUGCUUGCAGUGGAGAGCUCACGGGGCGUGGUGGCACCUGAUGGGUCCAGGGGCCCUUCUGGGAGGGGCCGGGGAAGAGGAGCCUUGUGUUGUCAGGCAGUCCCAUCUGCAGGAAAUGUCUCACCCACAGCCCUUGUGAGGUCUCUUGGCAUCCCUUGGUCCUUGCACUCUCACUUUUUAACAAGUCCUAUUAGUACCUAUUUAUCUAGAUCUUGCCCAGCCUGUUUCACAGUGGCAGAUGAUAACCCAAAUUCUCCAUUCCCAUUCAUCUGUAGUCCAAGUUUGCUUCCCUGUGAAUUGCUGUAGCAAAUGUUUCCUGAUUAUACUAAAUCUCAGUACUGGGGAAGAUCUCCAUCACUGAUUCACUGAGAAGUGAUGUCUUUGAGACCCUCUGGUUGUGCUGAUCUAGAGUUCAGGGAGAGUCAGAGAAUGGCUUUGGGACAUGAGGUUUGUGUCUUAAGGUGAGCAACUGAACCCAUCUCAAGGUGGAGAACAGUCCAGUCCUGCUUGCACAUGGUCUGGGUACCCGUGAAACCCCCCCUGAGCAGCCUGUGCUGCAUUUUACUCAUCCAGAGGAAAAAAAAAAAAAUGAAAACACCAGGAAACCCCUGCAGGAACUGCCUGCAGAGUCAGUGCUGCCCAGAGCUAAACCCUGGAGAAAGAGGCACUGUCAGUCUGAAGUCCCAUGGCAGAAGCUGUACUGAAAAAUCUGACAUUUAGAGUAAAGUUCUGAAGAGUGAGAAGGUAGGAAAUGGCUUCCAAGUUUUCCAAGAUAUUUGUCAACAUGUACAGAAAGAUACUGGAGUAUGCAAAAAUCCUUAACUGUGUACAUCCCAUAAGGGUGCUCUGCUAUCUGGGCAGCACAGCAGGUACCAAACACUCUGGUAGUUAGCAUGAGCACUGCAAAUAUGUGAGAGGGUCAAAAUUCAAACAAGCUCUUUAAAAACCACAUGGCCCACUAACACAAAACAUUUCUUUGAUUUCUGCCAGAGCAACUCUGUAAAUUCAGCAAUAAUUUUCCUAAGAAGGAUCCAGAAAUAAAAUACACACCUCUGUAGUACUGCAUGGGGCGUGAUGGGAAGAUGACCAUGUAAUUCUAGUUGCUGUAUCCAAAGGAUGAUAAAGAACAAUAAUUUGUCUUCAUGCUGCUAUUAAGGUUGCAGUCUUGCAUGGGCAAAGCUGAGUACCCAAACCAGUCCCCUUGUCCCAGUUUAAGUAGUAGGUUCCUACAAACACACUUUUCUAUUUAUGCCUGCUGUAGCAUCAUCAAAUGUUACUACUCACCACUUCAGCUGCUUCCACUGACAAAGACUUUGAGCUGUUUAAUGCACCUGAUGCUGAUCAUUCCUGCCUGGAGCAAUGGUGAAAUGCAUUCACCAUUCACUGCUUUAUUUACUCCUGGGGCAUUUUGCUAGAGGCAUUCAAAGGGCAGAACAUAUUUCUUUUUCUCUUGAGAUUAGAAAUGAUGUGAAGUACUUAUGAGUUAAUAAUUUUUUAGCUUUAAAUCUGUUUGCCUUGACUUUCUAGAGAUUUGCUUCAGGGCUGAAGAAGAAUGUUUCCAGGUGAACCUGAUUUGGUUCUGACAGUUGUGACAGAUGCAGUGCAUUUGGGGGAGGGAGGGGAAAUGGUGAAGGGAGGAUAAAAGGCUUUGGAAGGCAGUUUAGUGUCCUUUCUGUCAGGGAAGCUUUCUAGUUUUCUCUCUUAGUAGCUGCCUGUUAUUUUCUCCUUCAUAUUAUGCCAUCACCUAUUCCUCUUAACUGCUUUCUUUCUUUUGAGUACUCCCCCUCUGCGGAUUUGCGCCCCUGCAGCAGCCCUUUAGUUAUCCCUGGCAAAGACAGCAAAAGCUUCUCGGGGGCAGCUUCUUCAGCCAGGACUCGUCGCUUGCCUCCACGCCUGUCCUGGUACUCCAUUGACUGGGAGCAGCUCUGCCUCCUGCAGCCCUUAGGGUCUGGGGGCUUUGGCUCUGUCUACAAAGCCACCUACCAUGGUGCAACAGUGGCUGUGAAGCAGGUGAAGAAGAGCAGCAAAAACCGGCUGGCGUCGCGGCAGAGCUUCUGGGCUGAGCUGAACGUGGCCCAGCUCCAGCACGACAAUGUGGUACGUGUGGUGGCUGCCAGCACGUGCGCGCCCGCCAGCGAGAACAGCCUGGGCACCAUCAUCAUGGAGUACGUGGGUAACAUCACCCUGCACCAUGUCAUCUACGGCACUGGGGAUGCGUGGAGACAGGGGGAGGAUGAUGAAGGAGGAUCUGGAGGGAAGAUCCUGAGCAUGGAAGAGACUGUGUGCUAUUCCUGUGACAUCAUGACAGGCUUAGCCUUUCUGCACUCACGGGACAUCGUGCACUUGGACCUGAAGCCCGCAAAUGUUUUCAUCACUGAGCAGGGAGUGUGCAAGAUCGGAGACUUCGGGUGCUCCCAGAAACUGGAGAAGGGCUUGUCCCAGAGCGCCCGCAUUUGCCAGCAAGGGGGCACGUACACGCACCGCGCCCCGGAGCUCCUCAAGGGGGAGAGGGUCACUGCCAAGGCGGACAUCUACUCGUUCGCCAUCACGCUGUGGCAGAUGGUGAUGCGGGAGCAGCCGUACCUGGGCGAGCGGCAGCACGUGCUCUACGCCGUGGUGGCCUACAACCUGCGCCCGUCGCUGGCGGCCGACGUGUUCCAGCGGUGCCCGGCGGGCCGCGCGCUGCACGGCAUCAUCAGCUGCUGCUGGAAGGCCGAUGUGGAGCAGCGCCUGAGCGCGCACCAGCUGCUGCCCAGCCUCAGGGCCCUCAAGCAGAGCCUCUAGGAAAACCCGGGGCUCUCUGAAUCCCUUUUGUUGACUUUUCUUUUCCUCCACCCUUCCUCUGAACAUAUUUAGCCCCUGUGUGAUCUAAAGGCUUUGUUGCUGGUUUUUUUUAAAUACUUGGAAAAAAACCACCCCAAACUGUUUUGAUACAAGAAAAUAAAAGUAAAGAGAUUUAAUGAUACUGUGAGGUUUUUACCCUGGAAGGGGAUAGAGGCAAAGAUGAAGAUGUUGGCAUACAUAACUUUUUCUGGUUGAUGUGUUGUGUGCUGCCUUGCUCACUAAGAAAUGUGAUGUGCAGAAAAAUUGUUGGUUUUAAGUGAAGUACUAAUAAGAGUCUGCUUUUGGGAGGUUCUUUAUACAUAAUAACUUUUGGUGUUUUUAAAAUGUUAAAUAUGAGUAGUUCUUGAUACCAGCUAGGGUAGUGCAUUUGAGCUUUUCCUCUUCAUUUAGCAAGGAAUGAGUAUGUAUCACAAAUCAAUGAAUGCAGAAAAAUAAAUAAAGUGUCAGUAGUCUAUUUAAUUAGUUCUUAGAUGUAUUUCAUUUCAGUCAGUAUCCUACUUCUGAUAUGGAAAAUGUGAACUACUCACAUAGUCCUUGAAAUAAAGAACCUUUUUGUCAGUCUAAGGCUACUAAGAGUAAGAAAAUGCAUUAACAGCCUGUCCUUUUUAUAAGACUUCCCUGCUAUCAGGUGUAUUAGUAGCAACUCUUAGUUGGAACAUAGCAAAUUUUGAAGUAUUAUAAGAACAUUUUGUGGAGAAUAGAGUUUUUAAAAAAGGGGAAAGAAGAAUAGUAAAGGGAGGAUUAUUUGUGCUUCAUAAUGCAUGGCUCGGUAUUGGACAAAAUACUGGAAGUACUGAAAAGGAAGUCUGCUUACAGCAGUAAUAAUGUUCCUCUGCUGGUGCUCAAAGCAUAGACUGUUGAACUAUCCUCUGCACUGCUUAUGUCUUAUCUGCUAUCUUUCCUAAUCUGGUUGUAGUGUGUCUGGGAAAGGAAGUGCUGUAGGCAAUGCUGAAGACAAAAAGCUCUGAUCCCUGACUUAUCAGAACUGAUAACUGUACAUCUGAACCCUUAUCUGGAGCUGCCUGCUGUAGCUGAUAUUCCCAUUCUACUCAAAGCCUCUGCUUCUUUUUAAGACAGGAGAAAGAGUGAUGUUUCAGUCAAAUUGUUUUUCUUCUUUAGCCUUCCUCCUUCUUGCUUCCAUUCUGGAAAAAAAAAUCCCAAAGGAAUUGAGCCAGUUUCCUGAUUUCUGACACACAUCUGUUCUUAGCCCCGUGAAAUCCUGGAAAUGAGCAACUAUGUGAAUUUGAGAUGAUUCUGUAGGUCUUUAUGGUAUUUGGGUUGGUAAUUGAAAUUAAUGGUUUAUAAACCAUAUCUAAGCUUAACUAUUUCUUGGUCUUCUGUCCCCCUUAAGAGGAAAUAGAAAAUGCUGGCUGGAAUAAAAAACCCUGAGGUAAUUUCUGUAAAGAGUUUCCUGUAUUUCUCUGUCAAAAUAAUUAUGCUAUAGAACCAGAACUUUUUUUGUGUGAGUGUUGUAUAACUUAUUUAAUAAAGAAGUUGUUUUAUAGAUGUUAUCAUAACAAGUCAGUUACAUUUUCAAAUUAUUAGCUGAGGGCAUGCAAGAUAAAAUUUUAGAUAAAGCCAUUGACAUGCCUCACUUUAACACCAAGCCUUAAAUAAAAA